AUAACCAGCUUUUCUAUUUAUCCAGGCUGUCAGGUGGCCGUCUUUUGUUAUCCCGGUCAUCACGGCCAGCCUACGGGAGUAACGCCGAACAUGAAGUCCGCCACAUAGCUGGGAGCUUUCAGGUAGUUUUCAAGUCACCGCAGCUGCCGAAAAGGCCUAGUAAGGAGGCGCUGCCCCAUUCACAAAAGAGGGGGACAAGCUGGACAGGGCUUCAGGAUGACCGAGGGUCCGAGGAAGCGGAGCAGCAGCAGCAGCGGCGGCGGCGGUCAGUCAGAGCCCCCAGACUCCCAGUCGGGUGUGGGGAAGGAUGCAGGAGGAAGCUCCGGGGUGGCUCUGAAAAAACAGAUCGGCCUAGUCAGCGCCUGUGGCAUUAUAAUCGGCAACAUCAUUGGAUCAGGGAUUUUUGUGAGUCCUAAGGGAGUCCUGGAGAAUGCUAGCUCAGUGGGUGUAGCCAUCAUUGUGUGGGUUACCACUGGAGUUAUCACAGCCAUUGGUGCUCUCUGCUAUGCAGAGUUAGGCGUGACCAUCCCCAAGUCAGGGGGAGACUACUCCUAUGUCAAGGACAUCUUUGGAGGACUGGCAGGCUUUCUGCGUCUGUGGAUUGCAGUGUUGGUUAUCUACCCCACUAACCAGGCUGUGAUUGCUCUCACCUUCUCAAACUACAUCCUGCAGCCCCUCUUCCCCUCCUGCCUCCCCCCAGAGAGUGGCCUACGCCUGAUGGCUGCUGUCUGCCUGUUGUUGUUGACAUGGGUGAACUGCCACAGUGUGCGCUGGGCCACAUGUGUCCAAGAUGUCUUCACCGCUGGCAAGCUUUUGGCCUUGGGCCUCAUCAUAAUCAUGGGUGUCGUCCAAAUAUGCAAAGGUCACUAUUACUGGUUGGAGCCAGCACACGCCUUUGAGACCUUCCGAGACUAUGAUGUUGGUCUGAUAGCUCUGUCCUUCCUACAAGGCUCCUUUGCUUACGGAGGCUGGAACUUCCUCAACUACGUCACAGAGGAGUUGGUUGACCCAUACAGGAAUCUCCCACGCGCAAUAUUCAUCUCUAUCCCCGUGGUCACCUUCGUGUACGUGUUUGCCAACGUGGCCUACGUCACAGCCAUGAGUCCACAGGAGCUGCUGGCGUCCAAUGCUGUGGCAGUGACAUUUGGAGAGAAAUUGCUAGGAGUAAUGUCAUGGAUCAUGCCCAUCUCUGUGGCACUGUCCACCUUCGGGGGGGUCAAUGGCUCCCUGUUCACGUCGUCGCGGCUGUUUUUCGCCGGCGCGAGGGAAGGCCAUCUCCCACGUCUGCUGGCCAUGAUUCACGUCACACGCUGCACUCCUAUCCCAGCCUUAGCCUUCACUUUGAUCUCCACUCUGCUGAUGUUGUGCACCAGUGACAUUUACACCCUCAUAAACUACGUGGGCUUUAUCAACUACCUCUUCUAUGGCGUCACUGUCGCCGGGCAGAUUGUGCUGCGCAUAAAAGAGCCCGACAUGUAUCGACCCAUCAAGGUGAGUCUGGUAUGGCCAGUGAUCUACCUGCUGUUCUGGGCCUUCCUGCUGGUCUUUUCCCUCUACUCCGAGCCAGUGGUCUGCAGUAUUGGUCUGGCCAUCAUGAUGACGGGUGUCCCGGUAUAUUUCCUGGGAGUGUACUGGGAAAACAAGCCACAGUGUUUUGAUAUUACUAUUGGUAAAAUGACGCAUCUGUGCCAAAUGCUCUGUUCGGUGGUCUACCCAGUCAUGGAGGAGAACGUGGAGCCCCAUGGGCCUCAAAAGGAAGAUGGAAAAAGCUCUCAAACAGUUGACUGAACCUGUGCAUAAACAAACACAGACAUUGCCUCAAACUCACAUGUGGUUUUUUUUUUUAGGGGGAACGACACUUGGGAAAGACUCCAGAAAGAUGAGCAUACAUAUUAAUUUGUUCUGCAACACUCUUGUACUUGUGAAACACAGAAAUUAUGAAAGUCCCCCCCCCAUGUUAGAAUUUAAACCUGUCCUUUUUUUCUGUCUUGUCCCGUUUGCUGUUUGAGUCUGGGAGGCAGUGGAAAAAUGUUUUAUGUAUUUUUCAAGCUGUGUGGAAAUUUUCUUUUUCUUUUCUUCCGAUUAUCUCCUCACUAUAGUGAGUAUACAUAAAUUAAAUGUUCCAGAUGGUUUAA